UUGCUAACAAAAGCAAAAUGAUUGAAUGGUUAAUUGGUUCGUUAGUCGGAUGUCUCGUUUAUAUUUUAUUUAUUCACAAAAUAAAUUAUGUACAGAACUUGAAAAAUAUAAAUGAAAGGCGAAAAUAUUUAAAAAAUCGUAAAAUUGGUGAUUUACCGCCAGUUUAUCCAAAUGGAUGGUUUGCGUUACUUGAAAGUGCGCAAUUAACUAAAGGACAAGUUAAACAUGUUUGUGCACUUGGUGAAAAUUUUGCAGUAUUUAGAACACUAAAAGGCAAAGUCCAUAUUGUUGAUGCAUAUUGUCCACAUUUGGGUGCUAAUUUAGCAGAAGGAGGUAAAGUUAAAGAUGAUUGUAUUGAAUGCCCAUUUCAUAGUUGGAAAUUUAAUGGUGAUGGAAAAUGUACAAGCAUUCCUUACUCGAAAACAGAUCCCUCUAAAAUGGAGAUAAAGUCAUGGAAAUCCCGUGAAGUAAACGAAAUUAUUUUUGUAUGGUAUCAUGCUGAAUUAGCUGAUCCUGAAUGGGAAUUAGAACCAGUUAAACAAAUAACCGAUGGAUCUUGGCGAUUUCAAGGACGAAAUGAAUUUUAUAUCAAUUGUCAUAUUCAAGAAAUACCAGAAAAUGGCGCAGAUUGGGCCCAUCUUAGUGCAGUACACGGCCCAGCUAAAAUAAUCCAAAUGAUUCCGUCAAAUAUAGUUCGUCAUUCAUGGACCGGAAGUGGAUGGCGAUCUUAUCAAUCUUCAAAGUGCGCUGAUGUUUUGAGUAAUGACAAUAAUAGCCAGCAAACAGUUAACGAUAAAUUACACAUUAAUAGCAAUAAUAGUAAUAAUAAUAAUAAUAAUAAUAAUAAUAAUAUUAAUAAUAUUAAUAAUAAUAAUAACAAUAACAGUAGUAAUAGUAAAAAACAUCGUGCGACAAUAAAUUUAUGUCACAAUUUAAUAUUUUUCAAUAAAUGGUCAGUUAUAAAUUUAAACAUAAAUGUGGAACAAAUAGGACCAGGUUAUGUUGAAUUAUUUGUAGAUACAACAUUUGGUCCGAUGUAUGUAAUACAAACAGUUACACCAUUAGAGCCAUUAUUACAACGUGUUACACAUUAUAUAUAUUCACCAUUAUUAUUAAGUCCAUAUGCUAAAAUAGUAUUUUUAGGUGAAUGUUUUAUGUUUGAACGUGAUAUUGCUGUAUGGAAUAAUAAAAAAUAUCAAAAAAAUCCAAAACUUGUUAGAGAAGAUCAUACUAUAUCUUCUUAUAGAAAAUGGUACUCUAAUUUUUAUACUGAUAAUAGUCCGACUUAUCAAUCAGUCCAAUCAUUAGAUUGGUAAUUUUAUAAUUUAACUGAUUACUUAGCUAAUUUUUUAUUAAUAUUUACUUUUUUUAAAUUUCGGUAAAAAAA